GAAGAAAUAAUUAAUUGAAAAGAAAAAGUAUUUGUCGCGAGGAAAAAGCGUUUAAAUAAUUUUUAUUCGAUAUUUCGUUUUGCUUAAAAAGAACCCUUUUUGGAUGGGCGUAGUUAUGAAAGUAAAAUUGUUUCAACCGUUCGCAAGAAAUACUCUUAAGAAGGUGCCGUUAAAAUUGAAAAAAUUGCAAAUAUAUUUUAUGUUUAAAAAUUUAUCUAAACGAAAAACUUUAUUAAAAAGCAACAAUAAACAAUUGACACUAGUUGCGUUAUUGUCAUCGUCAUCUGCAACUUCAUUGGCAAUAGACGCUGUAUCCGAUAUUGAAAUUGAAUAUUUUAAAUUUGUGAGAGUUUAGUGCAGUUUAUUAAAGAGGAGCUUAUUAAACGGGAAUCAAAAACUGCGCUGGUCGUAUUACAUAAGCAAUUUAACUUCGAAAUAAAGUAUUUAUUGCCUUAUAUAGCUUAGAGAUCUCUUUGGUCUUAUUUGAGUUCGUUGAAGCCUUCAGAAUGGUGGGUAUAACGGUGGAACCAAAAGGUGGCCAAGCGUGGACAUCAAAUAAUCCCAUGAUUAAAUACAUGUUGAAACAACGUGAACAUCAUGCUGGCAAUCAAAAGCAAGACUAUUCACAUGUAUUUCGUAAGCGUACAAGAUUUGAGAUGUUUCGCUUGGCAGCCAUAGCGAUGGCCAUAGAAUUUGCUUACGCAGCCGAGACCUCAUUUGUGUCCCCGAUAUUGCUGCAGAUCGGCAUCGAUCACAAACAUAUGACCAUGGCUUGGGGAUUGUCACCUUUGAUUGGUUUCUUUGUCUCGCCUCUAUUAGGCUCCAUAAGUGAUCGUUGUCAUUUAAAAUGGGGCCGACGGAGACCAAUCAUUAGCUUACUCUCAUUUGGCAUAUUGUUGGGUCUGAUUCUGGUGCCUUUCGGUAAAGAUUUGGGAGUUUUGCUGGGCGAUGACAGUUUUAAUGUCACUACGACGCUAAUACAAAGCAAUUUUUCGGCCCAAGAAGUUAGUGCUGCAGCUUUGAAUAGCUCUUCAGACGGCCUGGGUACAUUCUCUAGUCAUAAAUUUGCUGUAGCCCUCACCAUACUAGGAAUGGUUUUGCUAGAUUUCGAUGCUGAUACCUGUCAAACGCCCGCACGCACGUACCUUUUAGAUAUGUGCGUACCCGAGGAUCAAUCGAAAGCUUUAACAAUGUUUACUUUAUUUGCCGGAGUAGGCGGAACUAUUGGCUAUGCGAUCGGUGGAGUUGAUUGGGAAACCACACAGAUUGGUUCUUUUCUGGGUGGUAAUGUGCAGACAGUAUUCGGUUUGGUCACUAUUAUAUUUAUUGUAUGCUACUUGAUAACGGUGACCACAUUCCGUGAGAUUCCUCUAGAACUGAUCGAACGUGAUGAAUUGCUGAGACCUCUUUCCGAUGCAGCGAUUAAAAAGGAAAUAUUAAAAAAUAAAUCUGGAGUCUAUUACAUAAAAGAGACAAGUUCUCUAGAGUUGCAUUCAUCCGAUGAUUAUCAAAAAUACACCAACACGUAUAUGCAAAGUUAUCAAAAUGGUCAUGCGGCAGGUUUGCCGGAAAAAAAAGAUUUGGAAUUAUUGAGCGGUGACGUAUGCGAUAAGCCUGUCUCAUUAGGUCAAUAUUUGAAAAGUAUUUUUAUAAUGCCGCACUCCAUGAAAAUCUUAGCCUUAACGAAUUUAUUCUGUUGGAUGGGUCAUGUCGCUUAUUGCUUGUAUUUUACCGAUUUUGUGGGUGAAGCUGUUUUCAAUGGAGAUCCCACGGCUGAACCUGAAUCCGAAAGUUUUAAACUGUACGAAGCUGGUGUACGUUUCGGUUGUUGGGGUUUAUCAAUUUACGCUUUAUCCUGUUCCUUGUAUUCAGUAUCAGUUACAAAACUAAUGGCUUGGAUAGGAACGAAAGCAGUUUAUAUUAUCGGUAUACUUUACUAUGGUGUGGGUAUGUUGAUCUUAGGUAUUUGGCCCACAAAAUGGGGUGUUUUAGUUUUCAGCACUUCAGCUGGUAUCCUUUAUGGUACUCUCUUUACUAUGCCAUACAUAUUAGUAGCUAAUUAUCAUGCGAAAAAUUGCUUUCGAAUUCAUAAUGGCGAGACUGUACCUUUGAAGCAAGUUCGUGGUCUAGGUACAGAUGUGGCUAUCAUUAGUAGCAUGGUUUUCAUAGCUCAACUUAUUGUGUCGUUGUGUAUGGGUCCGAUUAUUUCAUGGAUGCAAACAACUUGUGCCAUUUUAUAUGCUUCAGCAUUUUUAGCUUUCAUUGCUGCUGUUUCGGCUAUGUUCGUUUUAUAUGUUUAAUAUUUAAGAGAAGAUAGAUAUAACGAGAAUAAUGCGUAACUCUAACGCUUCAUAGACUCAAUCAAUUUUAGAUUUUAAAUAUUUUUUUUUUUUUUUAAAUUUAAGAAUAAAUAAGUUUAAUAUUAA